GAAAACUAAGGAGCGAAUCCCCGGUUCGUCUUGCAUAUCCACGUCAUAUUCUUGUAGGAACGUUUUGGCUAACAAUUUACAAUCUAAGACACUGAUUUGAACAAAGCGCAAUCGAAUCUAUAUCGUCGUCUGUCAGCGGGUCUCUACGAGACUAAAAAUCCAGGUGAAUACUACCACAUACAUGGAUCACUGGAGGCCAGUACGACUCUAAGAAUGAUUGGCCUCCCCGCGUUCCGUCCCGAUUUGACAGAUUACCAUGACUGCAUCAAUACGAUUGAGGGAGCUGUCCAACGAUUUUCUGCGCUCGAGUUAGAAAAGCUGAACCAAGACUAUGGUCAGGCAGGUGCUUCUGUUCUCACCAAUGAGAAGUAUCAGAAAACUGCCCAUGGGCAAGCAAUGGCGUCUCUGCCGCUUUUUACCGUGAGACCAUUGGAGAUGGAUACGCCACCAGCGCCAUUUGCGAAAUCCGUAGACGAACCUAGCCAAUGUUUGCAGGGUCUCCGUGUCAUCGAGCUAUGCCGGGUGAUUGCAGGCCCAACGAUCGGUAAAUGCCUGGCAGCACACGGCGCGUCUGUAUUGAAGAUCACUUCGUCGCAGGUACCAGACGUACCUUUCUUCCAAUUAGAUGUCAAUACGGGGAAACACACAACAUCCUUGCACCUCAAAAACGCAGACGACGUUAAUACUUUCGAAUCACUCCUAAAGACAGCUGAUGUAAUCAUCGACGGGUACCGACCAGGGGUUAUAGCGAACCUUGGUUAUCGUCCCGAGGAUCUUGUAUCAAAGGCGACGCAGCGUGGCAAGGGACUUGUUUAUGUGAUCGAAGAUUGCUUUGGUGGCACAGAAAUGGGCGCUGAAUGGGCGAGCCGUCCAGGCUGGCAACAGAUCGCUGACUGCAUCACGGGCGUGGCAUGGGAGCAGGGCCGGUUCAUGGGACUCAAUGAACCGGUUGUGCCGCCUUUCCCAAUGUCGGACUACGGUACGGGAUGUGUUGGUACUAUCGCAGCACUCUCGGGGAUUUACCGCCGGGCGACACAGGGAGGUAGUUGGAUCUGCCGGACCAGUCUAUCGCAAUACAACCUCUUCCUCCUAUCACUUGGCACAUACCCAACCGAGGUGCAAGAUCAACUACGGCGCGAGCACGAUCGUCAUUUUUUUGCACUGCGUCAUAACGACUCGGUCGACGAAGUAAGCCAGCGUGCCUUGUGUAGUAUCAAGUACCUAUACCCGAAGCUAUUCGCGAAACAUAGCAUGCAGAGCAUGUAUAGCGAAGCAUUUAGCGGUGUAGUGACAUGGCCGAAGGAGCCGCUAAAAGUUGACGGAAUCAAGAUUGGUCAUGUGAGACCGACAAGGCCAAAUGGUUAUGAUAAGCCAACUUGGGAGGAUUGGGAAGGAGAUGAGACGUUAUUGGAUAUUUGAUUUCUCAUUUCUCAAGUCUAAAGUAGGUCAUCAGCAAUCGUAUGAAUUAUGUGUGGUCACACUGCAGUAGCGGCGGUUAUCGUACUUUUUUCGACAUGAGCGGGCGUCGUGGCAUUCGUCGUAUCUAGUGUUACGUGGAGAAGCGCUACACGAAACGAGUAGCAAAAGAUCAUGUUAUCGGCAGAAGGAUGGGGGGGUAUUAUUUUCAUUGAAACUGCCAUACCGUACUCAUAUUAAUUUCACACAUCAGAUUUUUCGUCACAGUGGCAUUGUGUUCGUACGCGUUACCAAGGGGCGCCAAGUAGAACUGUAGCCCAUAAUAGAAGCACUGGAAAAUCAACAUCUACCCUCUAUACGGCAACCUACGGAUAUAUGAGAGCAUUUUAAAUAGUUUUGAUCUC